AUGAGCGCAGUAGCAUUUGAGAUAGAGACAGGCACCAGGCCCGGUCUGCCCUUGAGGGAAAACCUCUAUGCUCGUUUGGUAAUGGCACCUGUUACCCUAACCCACGAGCAACUGGCCCAGAAACUCAGUGCUGCUGAUGGCAGGGCCAAGGCAGCUACUACUGCGAAGGCUAUUAGAGCGCAGUUGGAGUCGUGCGGAGUCACCGUCAAGCGAGCGGCCGCCGUCCUUGCCGAUCACCAGCAGCGCCACAAAUUAGCCCAGGAGAUUGCCCUUCGUCAGCUGAAUGCCCUUCUGAUCCGCAAUACAAGGCUUGCCUACAAGAAGAACAACAUUAGCAGGUACUAUGCGCACAUGCGUGACAAGUUGAUAUUUCGAGCCGUGCAGGAAAAGGUAUCUCGAAGGGAGCAAGGAGAGCAUCUGCAGAAAAAGCUUGGAGCCGCAGCGGCCAGGAGAACUCAAUGGCUGAAAGAUCGCGUGAUGAAGAAGUCUGUCGCAGAACCAAUAAAGUCGCUCUAUGAGUUUCUGGGGCCAGUUAUAGAGGCGUCGUCGUUCUCGUCCAUUGCAAGUAUAUCGUCCAUGGCCUAG